AUGUGUAUCUGUUUCUGCAGUGUAGGGGGGCAGGGGGUGUGAGUGUCCGCCCCUUGCCCAGCUAUGCAGGGGGUGGGGUAGGACUUUUCCAGAGAGGGAGCCAGGCCUGGCCCUGGCCCCAGGAGCUCACGUCACCCCACCCCCCACCCCUCAUUUCUCCAGGGAACUGCCAAAGCCAAACCCAGCUCAGGACAGGAUUAUGUGUACUGGGUAGACCCAUGGAGAAAGACAGCAAGACAGACCUGGGGUAGCAGAGAGAAGCAGAGGCAGAGAGGGAGUGGAGAGGUGACCCGGCAGUGAAGGGGCAGUGACCAUCACCCUAUCUCUCCUUCCCUUUAACCUCCAGUAACAGAGUCAGGCAGAGAGCUGCAGCCUUGGGUGGGACGUUGGCCCUUCUCUGGAGCCCCUACCCGCACCCCCAUGAGGGCGGAGUUGCUGACCUCAGUGAUCAGCCCAGCCAAGGCAAGGAGCGGCCACCGGCAACCCCAAGCAGCUGAGGAGACCCCGUGGCUCAGGCUCAGCCACUGCGGUCCCUCCCUUAACUUCAAGUGCUGGGGUCUCAGGGAAGGGAGUGGGGCUGAGUCGCUGCCCCCAAGCACAUUCCUGCCCUUCCCUCUGUCAUUUUCCUGCCCCCGAGAGCUGGCCCACCUGGCAUGAGCUCCUUGGAUUCUUCUCCCGGGUGCCUUUCGGAUCCAACAGAAACAUUUUUUUUUUUUCCUGGAAAGCAGAACUCAGAGCGGCAUGAGGAGUGGGGGUGGGAAGGGCUCAUUGUGAGCAGGAAGGGGCUGGAGGGCAAGGGGGAGCAAUGGGAGAGCCAGGCUGAGACCAGGGGAGGGUUCCAAGCUCCACGUCCCCAAUGGUCAAGUGUACACUUCAGGAUGCACUUCCUGGCUCUUCAGGCUGUGC